AUGUCGUUCCCGCAGUCCCCCUCCGUGCAGCAGUAUCCCCAGAACGGGCAGCCCACACCCCAGCAGCAGCAGCAGCAGCAGCAGCAGCAACAACAGAUGCAGAUGCAAUACCAGCAGCAGCAGCAGCAAUCCCAGCAGCAGCAACAGCAGCAACAAUCCCAACAACAGCAGCAGCAAUCCCAGCAGCAAGCCUCCACCUCCAUGCCCCCGCCCGCCUCCAAGCCCACCGACCCCACCGACCUCGCCGACGCCCUCACCUCCGCCGGCAUCGACCUCAAGGAAGAAGAAGCGCGCCUGACCGCCUCGACCACCACCACCACCUCCUCCAACGGCCCGGGCGGCCCCUCCUCCUCCGACGAAGAGGCGCGCAUCGCCCACCGCCGCCAGGCCGAGAUCCGCACGGCCCACCUCGCAGACCCCUUCCUGACCCCCGAGAUCCUGUCCAACCGCCUCUUCCGCAAGACGCGCGACGCAGCCUGCCAGCUCUUCACGCUCAACGCCGGCAACGGCGCCCUCGUCACCCACGGCCAGCAGGCCGACAUCGCCGCCCUCCUCAGCCUCGCCGCGAAGGAGCGCAUAAACCAGUUUGUCACGCGCGCAAUCGUCCUCGCCCGCGCGCGCCGCCGCGCACAGAACGUGGUCUCGGGCGAGUGGGCCGACAGCGUCAAGGGCGCUGCUCUCGACCCCAUCAAGGGGGCCAUCCCGGACAGCGCUGUCUCCCCGGGAAACCCGUUAAAGCGCUCAUUCAGCUUUGCGGCGUCGGUGGAGGGGGCGGCGGCGCCGACGACGACGCCGACGACGACGCUCGCCAACGAGACGGCGAAGGCGCUGCGGGGGCUGCAGCAGCGCGAGUUCCACAAGGAGCAGGAGCGCAUCGCGAAGAAGGCGAAGCGCGAGACGCCGGCCACGGCCGCGAGCACGCCGACCGUGGAGCCGACGACACCGUCGGCGGCGGGGGGCGCGGGGGGGGCGGGGUCGUCGUCGUCGCAGGUGGAGCCGCCGUCGACGCCGACAAUGUCGCUGAAGGAGUCGCGGAAGCACAUUGCGAGCAAGAAGGAGGAGGUCAUGUCGCACAAGGCGGCCAACGCGACGGCGAACAUGAUGAUGGGCAUUGGCGGGUUUGGCGGGAAGCGGAAGAAGAAGACGUAUUCGUGGAUGUCGGCUGCGGGGGGCGGGAUCGGCGGUGGUGGGCAGGCGGCGAUGGCGCCGGUGGGGGUGGGCGUGGCGACGCCGACGACGCCGGGCGCGGUGGGGGGGCUGGAGUAUUGGACGGGGGGGCAGAGGAUUGGUGCGUGGAGGGAUGAUGGGGAGCGGGGCGGCGGCGUGCAGAUUCGCGAUUGGAUUGGCGCGUUGGAGGGGGAUGGCAGGGGCGUGGGGAAGGGGGUGGUGAAGGCGUAUUUGAGGAUGAAAUGA